GUUACUGGUUUUUGUGUCCUGCUCGUAGGGCAGAGUGGAGCUGGAAAUAACUGGGCUAAGGGUCACUACACAGAAGGUGCUGAACUGGUGGACUCGGUGAUGGACGUGGUCCGCAAGGAAGCCGAGAGCUGUGACUGUCUGCAGGGCUUUCAGCUCACGCAUUCGCUGGGAGGAGGAACAGGUUCCGGCAUGGGAACGCUCCUCAUUAGCAAGAUUCGCGAGGAGUAUCCCGACCGCAUCAUGAACACCUUCAGCGUGGUGCCAUCUCCCAAAGUGUCGGACACAGUGGUGGAGCCCUACAACGCCACGUUGUCCGUUCAUCAGCUGGUGGAGAACACGGAUGAGACCUACUGCAUUGACAAUGAGGCCCUGUACGACAUCUGCUUCCGCACUCUCAAACUCACCACGCCCACGUAUGGUGACCUCAACCACCUCGUCUCGGCCACCAUGAGCGGCGUCACUACCUGCCUGAGGUUCCCCGGACAGCUGAACGCCGAUCUUCGCAAACUGGCGGUCAACAUGGUGCCCUUCCCUCGUUUGCACUUCUUCAUGCCUGGCUUCGCUCCUCUCACCAGCAGGGGGAGUCAGCAGUAUCGCGCGCUCUCCGUCCCAGAGCUCACCCAGCAGAUGUUUGACGCUAAGAACAUGAUGGCUGCAUGCGACCCGCGCCACGGCCGCUACCUGACUGUGGCCGCCAUUUUCCGUGGCCGCAUGUCAAUGAAGGAGGUGGACGAACAGAUGCUGAAUGUCCAGAACAAGAACAGCAGCUACUUCGUGGAGUGGAUCCCCAACAACGUCAAGACCGCCGUGUGCGACAUUCCACCUCGUGGUCUCAAAAUGUCUGCGACAUUCAUCGGCAACAGCACUGCCAUCCAGGAGCUGUUCAAACGCAUUUCAGAGCAAUUCACCGCCAUGUUUCGCCGCAAGGCCUUCCUGCACUGGUACACCGGCGAGGGCAUGGAUGAGAUGGAGUUCACCGAGGCUGAGAGCAACAUGAACGACCUGGUGUCCGAGUACCAGCAGUACCAGGACGCCACCGCAGAGGAGGGAGAAUUCGAGGAGGAGGGUGAAGAGGAGGCCACCUGAUCACCAUCUCUUCCACCUUAACUUCCUCCAUUUUUUGAUUCAUAUGCCACAUCAUCUCAGUCUCCUCUCAGUCCAGU